UCAUGGAUUGAAGUGACUCCUCAAAGUUUGGGCUAUUUACCCAUGAGCUCAUCACAGUAUCGGCCUCCGGGUCCAGGAGAGCAGCUGCGUAGCACCGAACCUGGAGGCUUUCACACAGUGUUAGAGGAACAACUGCUCACACGUCUGCUGUCUGAGGCACAGGAUCAUUCCGAUCGCGUGAGCGAGGCCAGCCCGCCCAGUCCAUCCCUAUCAAGACACGACGUUGCAGGAGCAGUACAGACUGACGGUAAAUUGCGUUAG